CCCAUACGGUGUAUUUCCAACACCAUUCCGCUCCCUGUAAUCUCCAAUAUCCUCUUUGUUCAAGAUAUCGAUUUCGACCUUGUCAAGUAUCUCGCUCCUGGCGCCAAAACACUUUCUGAAGGGGAGGCCUUGCGUCUUGCCAUCGAUGCUCUACCUCAACAAGAGCGGUUUAUAGUGCGCAACUUGAUUGAAUAUAUCAAGGAGAGGCAGAGGUAUAUACCCGCGUCGGUCUUAGAUAGAUUGGAAACAAUAUCUUUUGUGAUCGCUGGGGAUUCGAAGAUCUCUGCACCAAAAAAAUUGCUCGAUCCAGUAUGCGAGGCCGCAUCGCUUUACUCCCCAAACGACCGGUAUGUCCCGAAAGAUGAAACUAGAAUAGUCGAUGCACUUCGCACCCUAGGUGCAUUCAAGACCACGAUAGACCCUGAAAUGGCGCUAGAAAGAAUCGAGUUUAUAUCCUCUCAUUCAGAUCUGAUCACUCGUCACAAUCUAGCUAUGAAGCUAUUUAGUCUGAUUCAGACUUCAUCUUUCAAUCUUUUGGAGCUAAAGGUCGAUGAUAGGCUGGAGUGGGUUCCUUCUGACGACUUCAAAGUUGUUCGUCCCAGCGAAUGCUACGACCCUCUCAUAUACCCAUUGUCAUUGUUCAACCGUGUCGCAAAAGUGAUUCAGCCCUCGCUCAUUGUCUCCCUUCCCCUUCGAAGUCUCCUAGGUUGGAAUGUUGCGAUCAGACGGGAU